AAGAGCGCCUAAAGUGCACACAGCGAGUUAGCAUUUCAGUGAUUUUAUAUGUUAGAAAAAAGUUCUUGACGAUCUGAAAUUUACAAUCAAUUGUUUUAAUAAUUUAAUGGUGUACACGUGUGAUAAAAGGUGUCGUAUUGACUGAUUGUGGUUCUUUUCCAUCAGAACCGUGAAUUCGAAGAUAUGUUCAAGACACACUUCAUUGUUAUCGUCAUUAUUACUACCCACUGCAACUUUGUACAUGGGCAGUCUACGUAUCUCGAAACAUUUACACCUUUAUACAGAUUGUAUCGGUAUUCAAUGUUUGGCCUAAUUGGCAGGAGUGAUGGUGAAUCGUCUUACGAUUGGAAUUUAAGAAGAGGGAAGGUGCAACAGCCCUUUCCUGAGUCAAAGUCAUUCUUUUGUGAUACAAAUGGACCGGGAAAGCGAAGCCAUUCUAUACCGCAGUCAGUACAUCAAUUAAGACCAGGAGAUAUAGAUAUAGUUGCAGCAAUGGGUGAUUCUCUUACGGCGGGUAAUGGUGCGUUAGCAACCAAUAUGCUACAGCUCUUUAUCGAAAAUAAAGGUGUGUCUGGGACUAUUGGUGGUCAAAAUACUUGGCGUAAAUAUUUAACGUUACCGAACAUGAUCAAAGAGUUUAAUCCGGACCUCUACGGUUAUUCCUCGUCAGACGGAUAUUCUACUGACAAAAGUUCUAGAUUCAAUGUAGCAGAAAUGGGUGGCAUGUCAGUAGAUAUACCACAUGAGGCUGAGGUUUUGGUCAAACGAAUGACUGCUGAUCCACGCGUGAAAAUGAACGAGCAUUGGAAGUUGAUAACAAUACUCAUUGGACCGAACGAUUUCUGCCUGAAUCUCUGUCAAACUAACAACCCCGAAAAGACAGUAGAAUUACACGAAAAUGAUUUGGUUAAAGCUUUACGUGUAAUAAGAGAUAAUUUACCAAGGACGAUGGUAAAUUUAAUCACGCCACCUAAUUUAAAAGUUCUUACCGAAUUACGUGGAAAGCCAUCAGAAUGUGAGAUGCUGCAUCACCUAGAAUGUCCAUGUCUCUUUGGAUUUCGUCAUCAAAGUAAAAGGGAGCAAUACUUUAAAAUAAUAGAACGGUGGCAAAAGAUUGUCUCAAAGGUCGCCGACAUGGACGAAUUCAACAGAGACGACUUCACCGUCAACAAUCAACCGUUUUUAAAGAACGUCACCAUACCUAUGCUUGCGAAUGGGAACCAUGAUUUUACUUACUUAUCUUUGGAUUGCUUCCAUUUAAGUCAAAGAGGAUAUGCCAUCGCUGUGAACGCACUUUGGAACAAUAUGAUGCAACCAGAAGGACAGAAAUGGACCAACUGGAAAAAAGAAUUUACAGAAUUUAUUUGCCCUACUUUUGACAGACCCUAUAUCGCAACAAAGAAAAAUAGCUGACAUUUGAACAUCCAGAUUUUAUGACUCCAUCAACUCAUACCUGAAAACUAAUCGUUUUAUUAAAUGCAUUUCACGCGAGAUUUUAUGGGUUAUUUUAAUUGCGUAUCGUAUGACCAUGAUUCAAGCCUCAAUAAAACUCAGAAAUCAUGGAAAUGUGAUAACUGUUCAUAACGUUGUUGUAAAUUACUUUGAACUUGACUCUCUAAAAUAUUCCUUGUAUGUAGUAGCUUUUAUUGCACUUCUGAAACUCCACUACCACGAGCGGGGAAAUACAAUAGUUGGUAAAAUUAUAAUGUUAUUUAGAAGACGGUACAGGUAGAGAAUGUUUUCUAAUUUGGUAGUUGUUGAGG